UCCGUGCUGAGCUGAGCUGGACUGGACUGGACUACACUUAAAGGACUAAUACUAACAUCUGUCUGAGGAUGAAACAGCAGCAAACAACUGCUGCAGCUGCAUGAAAACCAUGUUUCUCUCCAGUGUCUCAAACGUGAACGUGGGCUCGUCCGGGCCGGAUGAAAUGUUCGAGGAUGACUCGUACUCUCCGUCCUCCCUGUCCUCCUCGUCCUCUUCCUCUGUCCACGCCGUGUCCUCCUGUCUUCAAGGGAAAACCCUGUGCACCUCCUGCGGCCUGGAGAUACUGGACCGGUACCUGCUCAAGGUGAACAAUUUGUGCUGGCAUGUGCGCUGCCUCUCCUGCAGUGUGUGUAAGACAUCGCUUGGGCGACACGUGAGCUGCUACAUCAAAGAUAAACAGGUUUUCUGCAAACUCGACUACUUCAGGAGGUACGGCACGCGCUGUGCUCGCUGCGGCCGCAACAUCCACUCGAGCGACUGGGUGCGUCGGGCACGAGGCAGCACCUUCCACCUGGCCUGUUUCUCCUGCACCUCCUGUAAGCGUCAGCUGUCCACGGGAGAGGAAUGUGGACUCCUGGAGAACAGAGUCUUCUGCCGGCCACACUACGAUAUCAUGAUGGAGAACAUCAAACGUGCUAAGGAGAAUGAGCAACCAAAAACAGAGGACGAGGCAAGCAAAGAUGAAUCCAGUUCCAUGCCAAGACCUGCAAAGAGGGCCAGGACUAGCUUCACUGUUGACCAGUUACAGGUAAUGCAAGCCCAGUUUAUCAAAGAUAAUAAUCCAGAUGCUCAGACUCUUCAGAGACUGGCAGAGAGAACCGGUCUGAGCCGCAGAGUCAUUCAGGUUUGGUUUCAGAACUGUCGAGCUCGCCAAAAGAAACAUGUCAGUCCAAAUUCUAUUCCGUCAACCGUGAUGACGUCAUUUAAUCCCGGUCAGUUGACGCCACCUCUGAUGGAGGAUCUUCAAUAUGCAACCUUUAUUUCUCCAGACACGCCACUGCUCACUACACUGACUUAUAUGGAUGUUCAAACUCCAGACACACUUCUGGCUCAGCCACUCGUGUCUCAUUCCCUGACAGAGCUGCCCGUGAGCCACGCCUGAGUUCUGAGGAGGAACAAAGUCAUUACUCUUCGUUUAACCAAAAAAAAAAAAAAAAAAAAAAAAACUACAUAGGUUGGAUACAUUAACUGCUGAGCAAGCAAGCAGCAAGUGAUCAAUUUAAUUUCCACUGCCUAACAUGUGAGUAGACACUUUAAAUAUGACUGUUAAGUUCCAGAAUUAAUUUCAUUCGAUCACACAGGGAUUCACAGGUGAGCAUAUGUUUGAAAAUGUCCGAUGAAAUGUUGAUAUUUGUGAAAUGGAACUUUAUGUAAGACAAACUAAUAUGUGUAUGUUAUGAGUUUAAUUUAUUUGGGGGAAAUAUGAGAUAUGGCACUUUUUUUUGGAAAAUGAUGUAAAAUGUCUUUUGGUUUUCUGCAACAAAAAAAAAAAAGUUUUUCUAUGUAACUGAGAUAUCAGUUGUCAUUUACAAAUAAUGGAAUCGUAAGGUUUCGGUGUGUAAAGACUACUAGGAAAUGCAUUGUUUGGUUAUACUGUGUAUUAAAACCACUGGAGAUGGUAUAUUGAUGGACAAAAUC